AUGGCCCCCGCAAACAAGAGGAAACAGUCGACAAAGUCCCAGUUUUGGGUAACUGAAGAGUACCGGGAGGAUGCUUCCAAAGGUCCCAUGCUCCGAUUCGAGGAUUCUCUCCCACGAUUGCCAGUACCCUCCCUCGAGGAGACAUCCGCCCGCUAUCUGAAGAGCAUUCACCCCCUCUUGACCAAGGAGGAAUUUGCCAACUCCGAAAAAGCUGUAGCUGAGUUCAACAAGCCAGGUAGCCUCGGAACAAAACUCCAAGAAAGGUUAAUAAGCAGAGCUCAAGAUCCCAAUGUCAAGAACUGGAUAUCAGAAUGGUGGAACGAGGCUGCUUAUCUCGCCUACCGCGACCCUGUCGUGCCUUACGUAUCCUACUUCUAUUCUUUCCGCGACGAUCGACAACGGAGAAAUCCCGCCAAACGAGCUGCAGCGAUCACGACCGCGGCCCUCGAAUUCAAGCGUCAAGUCGACAAUAGUACCCUCGAGCCUGAAUACAUGCGGAAGAAGCCCAUGGCAAUGAGCAGUUAUGAGUACAUGUUCAAUACCUCUCGUGUGGCCGCCUUACCAGCAGACUAUCCUAUUCAAUAUCCUGCUGAAGGCAACGAGCAUAUCAUCGUCAUGCGACAUGGUCAAUUCUUCAAGGUCCAGACACACGUGGCCGGAAAGCAGUUGAACACUUCCGAGCUCGAACAACAAUUCACCAAAGUCUACAAAAACGCCCAAACCACCACUCCCAUCGGCUCUAUUACCUCCUUCCCUCGCGACCAAGGCACCAAGGCGCGUGAAAAUCUCCUUGCUGCUUCUCCACUCAACGAAGCAACUCUGAAAGAAAUUGAAGCCUCAUCGUUUGUGGUUGCCCUGGAUUCUGCUUCUCCAGUCACUCUCGAAGAACGAGCACAUGCUUAUUGGCAUGGCGAUGGUGCCAAUCGGUGGUAUGACAAGCCCCUUCAGUUCAUAAUCAACGACAACGGCACUGCUGGCUUCAUGGGCGAGCAUAGCAUGAUGGAUGGAACCCCCACACAUCGACUUUGUGAUACCGUCAACGCCCUUAUCGUACACAACAAACUAGACUUCAACAAUCCUUCUAUUCGCUCCAAUCUUCCCGAUCCAGUCGCCCUUCACUUCGAAACAUCUGCCGCCGUUCUUGAAGAUGUGGCCACCGCCCAAGCUCAGUUCCGCCAAGUCAUCUCUUCUCACGAUCUCCGAGUACAGGCUUACCAAGGUUAUGGCAAAGGCCUGAUCAAGAAGUUCAAGUGCUCCCCUGACGCUUUUGUUCAAAUGGUGAUCCAGCUGGCAUAUCAUAAGAUGUACGGUAAGAACCGUCCCACCUAUGAAUCGGCUGCAACACGAAAAUACCAGCUAGGUCGAACUGAGACAACAAGAACCGUUUCUGAUGAAUCGGUUGCAUUCUGCGAUGCCAUGGCCGAUGCUUCUGUCUCUCGUGAAGAAGCCGAGCGCCUGUUCCGAGACGCGGUUAAAGCCCAUGUCCAAUAUACCGCUGAUGCUAGCGACGGAUAUGGUGUUGACAGACACCUUUUCGGUCUGAAGAAGUUGGUACAGGAGGGCGAAGAACUACCAGAGAUUUUCAAAGAUCCAGCCUUCUCUUACUCUAGCUCUUGGUAUAUCUCAUCCAGUCAAUUGAGCUCGGAAUAUUUCAAUGGAUACGGUUGGAGUCAGGUCAUUGACCAGGGCUGGGGCAUUGCUUAUAUGAUCAACGAAAACAGUCUACAAUUCAACAUCGUGUCCAAGAAACUCGGAUGUGAGCGAAUGAGCUUCUACCUCAACGAGGCAGCAAACGACCUUCGAGAACUGCUGACACCAUCACUUGAACCUCCGAAGGCCAAGUUGUAA